GGUUAUUUUCGCGCCUGCGGAGAAAGAGAGAGAGAAAGAGAGAGAGAGAGAGAGAGAGAGAGAGAGAGAGAGAGAGAAGAGGGAGAAAGUGUUUACUCGUGACGAGACGUCAGGUGGAUAGAGAAGAUAAUAACAUCCAGGCACGAGAUCACCGAGGUGGUUUUUCUCCGAUGGUGUUUCGCGGAUCGAUCGCGAGGAUGAGGAACUCGCGGCUGUUCGGACAGAAUGACUCGUGCACGUUGUGAGGAAGCCCUGUGCGGUAACAUGCGCGAGAUCCUGCGUGCUUCCAGGGGCAGAUAGCUCGUUCCAGAGAGAACAACAGCUGAGAGAACCCUAGUGGAUCCUGAAGGAUCGAGGCUCGCGCGGGACACCACAGGCUGAAGGAAUUGACCGUAGCCAUGAACCUCGCGCUGCAUGGAUUUUUGUUGCAGGUUUUAUUGUCGAUCCUCAACCUCCAGCAUGGCUCCUUGUUAUGCAGCGCGGGGGAACCUGGCUAUUUGGACUUCGACAACCUGCCAGAGACGAAUUUCUCGUGUCAGGGAAAGGUGAUCGGCGGAUAUUACGCGGACGUUGAAGCCGGAUGUCAAAUGUUCCACGUGUGCACCAUCGGUCAAAAAGACGAGAUCAUGGACAUAAAGUUCCUCUGUUUGAACGGGACGGUCUUCGAUCAGGAAACCAGGGUUUGCGAGAGGGUGGACGAGGUCGACUGCAGCAAGAGCGAACGAUUCUACAACCUGAACUUGGAACUCUAUGGGAACAACGCCGUCACACUCAGUUUGCACGAGAACAGCGAGGAGGACGUCGACCAAUCGGACUCCAUCGACGACCAUCAACGAACCACGUCGGCACGACCCACGACAACAACCACAACCUCGACAACCACCUCGAAACCAAGCAAACCCUCCACCACGCCAUCCUCCGGUUCCUUCACCCACCCGGCUGGCUAUCCGCAACACUUCCAGCCUCAGCCACCGUUCCCUCACGUUCACACGAGUCAAUCCAAGUCCCUCUACGACGAUAAAAACGGCGGCUACCAUCACCAGUACAUUUUCCACAACGGCGAGAGGACGAACAAUCAACAGGCGACCUCUUAUCAGUUGUUCAGCAAUCAGGGUGUCAGUUCCACGACCGUUCAGCCACCUCAGGUGCACCAUCAGAUCCGAUUUAGCUCGACCUCGACGCCGCAGAUCAUUCACAACGAACCUUCGACGGCGGCGCCGCUGUUCCACGCGACGUCCUCCACCAUCCAGACGUUGUUGAACAGCGCCGGGAACAGCCCGGCGUUGAUAAAUCCGAUUUUUCACAAUCACGGAAUCGCCAGCACCACGGAGCAGUUCAUUCAUAGUAACAAUCCUAGAGAGACCUCGGAUUACAGAGAGAACGGGGAGCAGAGUAUUAGGUCUCUGGAGACCAACAAGGGAAAGGUCUCGAAAUUAACGAUAUCCACGGUGCCAGCGCACUCAGAGUCAUCGCACUCGGUGCAAACGAAAACGAGCAGCCAGAGCUCGCAGUCGAGGAUCUCGGGCAACUUCCUCCCUACUCCAACUCCCGACGAAACCACGGUGAGAUCCUUCUAUCCAACACCGAGAACCUCCUCGAAACCGCCGCAGGCCUCUCAGUCCACCAGCGAGCAGGUCGCUCAAACGCACAUACACGUGUUACCCCCUGUGCAGAUCCCUCAGCUGAAGCCCCACCAGAUCACCAUCAAUCUACCACCACCGGAUCUUCAAAGGAUAGUCCAGAAUCCAUCGUCUCUUCUGCCAUCUCAGUCCAGGGUCAUCGUGACAGCCAAAGCGAGCGUCAGCGACGAGUCUGGCAGACCGUUGAACACGACCCAGCUAGUCACUCUCCCUCUACCAACGAUUCCAGCCAGUUACGACGACUACAAAGAGGGAGACGAGUCCUUCGAUCCAUUCUACAGAGACGUUCCCAAGAUCAGGAACAGCAGAAGGCUGUCCGACGGAGGAGCCGAAGAGUCCAGGAGAGUUUUGAGAUUUAGAAGAUCCGUUGGUCAGGCUGGAAGUUUCGUAGUUCCAUUUCUCUACGGUGGAGAGUCUCUUGGUACUUCUGACAGAAAGAGGGAAACCGAUGGAUUUGGAACACCGCCCUCGAGGUUUAGAAGGUCUGUCGGCCAGACCAAGAGUUCCAUGGUCUCUUUCGUCUACGCUGGAGACUCGAAGGGGAAACGCGACGAACAGGCAACAGCCGAGAGCCGGAGUCAGAGUUUUCCCUCGAUCAGAGACAGUCUGAUGAGGUUCAGGGAUAUUCUCUUCGGUGGAGACUUCACGGAGGAUGCUAUAAGAAGCGUGUUCGAGGGAAGCAGGCUUCAGGGGAUUGGCUCUGACGCCGAGAGGAACAGUCUGAGAAGAGAUUCGCUGGAAGACCUGGAGACGAAGGCCUCGAAGAAUUUCAAGGCGAGGGACUACGAAGAGGACGGCGUCGAGGAGAGUAGAACCAAGCAGUCGAGAGGUUUUGAAAUUCCCUUGAGAACAGAUACCAAGGAGUCUGAUGCUGAGGAAUACAUCGACACCGAUGGGACGAAGAACGUAGAGUCAGACUCGAAGGAUCUUAAGGACGAGAAAGAACGUCCCUCCGACGCGAGAGACAAAUCUAACGAUGAACACGAGUCGGAUUCUAAACGCGAGAAGCCAGAAGGAGCGUUGGAUGUUGUUAUUGUCGAUUCAAACGAGCAUACGAAGUUGACGUCCAAAAGCGAUGGAGGAGUUUCAAGUUCGACUGAGAAGAGACAAGUUUCUACGGAGAUUCCAACUAUUUCCACGACCGAAGAGAUCAUUGGAGUAGACUCCAUGGAUAAACAGGACUCUGAGAGCUCGAAACACGUCGAUGAUGCUGUGAAAGAUAGAGGACAAUCUGAAUCGAAGAACGAUAACGGUGAAAAGAGUCGGGAAGAGGAAAGAAGAAAGACCAAGGAACGGAAGCCAGCUGCGAGAAGAAAAAGUUCCAGGGUCAGAAAUUCCCGAGGAAAGAUCUCUUCGAGGAGAAAGGAGAUUAAAGUUGAAAGCAACGAACCGAUCUUGGGCCAGAAAGUAGAAACAGCAGCGGUAACGGCGAAUUCCGACUCCGGGCAGAUUGACAAGCGCAUAUUCGACGAACCAGAGUCGCAAACCUCGAAGGAGAUCGAUAUCAGAGCUGUGAACGCUCGCGACAGCUACGCGAAGAACAUUCAGACUGGUAAGGACCACGAUUCAGGGAAAGAGAAUCGAAAGGGCGAGGCCAACGAAUACGAGACACUGCAGAAACAAUCUGGAUCUCUGGGAAAGGACGAAGAGAAAUCGUUGAGACUCGGGGGAAUCGCGGAGGAUGAAAAGGAAACGAGUGUUCCAAGCUUGGAUGAAGAGAAAGUCGCUGAAGUUCCCAAGAAGAAUCUUUCUGAAGAAGAGAAGACAUAUCACAGAGAAGAAUCCGAGGUGGAGCGCGAUACUGUGGAAGAUGAAUCAACAACAGGCUUCAGUAACGAAGAUUCUCGGGAAGACAACGAUGAAACGAUCGAAAAUUCUCGCAAAGAAGAGAGUGCAAAGGCUGAGGAUUCAUCGAAGGAAGUGUCCUCUCGCGAACAGGACAGACCCAAGGAAACCGAAAACGGGGAAGAGGAAUACUCCACGGCGAAGAGUGAAGAGACAAGUUCUGAGGAAGUUUCCAUGGAAUACCGCGAGUCUACCGAAGCAUCCUACGAAAGUACGUACGAAAUGGGCGCAGACAGCGACUACAGAGAUUCUGGUAGCUCCGAAGACGCCACUGUUUCCUCGGAACACCUAACGUCUGAGGAAACUCCAAGCUCCGAAGAAAGGAAUCUCGAGGAACACGACGAGGACGAGGGUUCAGUUUUGAGCGACCAAGAGGAAAGCACCGAAGGGAUUCUCAAAUUCACCGACGAGUUGCCGAAAGAUAAGAAGGAGGACGUAUUAGACGAGGUCAGAGGAUCUUCAGAAUCCAUCGAGAAUAUAGCCCACGAUUAUGUGGAUGACAAUUACGAGCCUGACAACUACAAAGAACGCGAUCCUUCGAACUCUAACAAUCUGAGUGAGGAGAAACCUAACAAAGAGAUGUUAGCUGACGGUAAGACAGAGGAUACCAAGAAAGAAACUAAAGAAGACGAGCCGGAAACCAGCACGGAGUCUCAGAAGGAUCAGACCGAGGGGACUGAUAGCCCAACAGAAGAAUCUGACACAGAGAAGACAGAUUUAACAGAGGCGACUGAAGAAACUACGACAACAACUACUACAACGGUUCGUUCCACGCCUCCGAAACUGUUCAAACCAAUCUUAGCUCGGAAGAAUUACAAUUACAUUCCUCCAACGACGACUCCGAACCCUGUGAUCAUCAAACCCAGAUUGAGUUUGUUAAAUCCCAAGCCAGCCAAGCCACCCAAAUCGUACAACGACCUAGCACCCAAACCAGUGAUCAGGAAGUUCACGUUAUUAGCUCGAAAAUCAACUACUACCAUGGCUAUCACGACGAUCACGGAGGAGGAUUCGACGGAAACUGUGGAGGCAAUGACUACAGAAGCAUUGACGACUACCACUGAGGCCAGCAGAAGCGAAGAGAACACAUUAGACAACAAACUGAAGCCUCUGAACGAGUCGGAGGCAAAGAUCCAAGCUCCUGUGAAUAGCAAAGACGACCAGGAUCCCAGUCCAAGUGAACAAAAGUCUCCGUCGAACGUAAAACAGAACGAAGAAGAGGGUUUCACGCCUUAUCCAGUUUCCAGACUAUCAACCCUUGCCUCUGCUGUUGAGAAAUCGGCGAAGGAAGCCGAUUUUUCCAGCACAGAGCCUGCGAAACCAACGAGUCCUCAGAGUUUCACUUUGGUGGACCUAGAAAUUGUCAGUACAACGUCUUUGCCGAUGGGUCUGACGCCUGAUCGUCCCGAAGAAUCAUCCUCCACUACUGUCAGAUCCACCACAGAGGAAGAAACAUCGAUUGCUUCGUCUACCAAAAUCAUGGACCAGGUCUUGGAAGAUAAAGUGACAGAGGAUGCUGUGAGCAUGCCAAUUUCCGAGGCGACGUCCACUUCAGAAGCCACAACUAGACGAGUUGAAGAGGUGGAAUCGACUACGGUGAGAUCCUUGAGCCGAAAUCUGGCGAUGUUGAAGAGACAAGGCGGUUUCAAUUGCCUGGAGAAGGAGAUGUAUCGUUUCUACGGUGACACCAGAGACUGUAGGUUGUUUCACUAUUGCUCUCCUGGGUUCACUUCGAGGCAGGUGCUAGAUUUUCGGUUCGUGUGCGAGGAGGGCACUGCGUUCGACGAGGAGAGCCAGAGCUGUCGCCACGAUGCUAGGAAUGAAGGUUGUCUGAAAAGGGAGUGGUAAAGAGUGGUGAAUCGGGAUUUUAAGGGGAAUCUGUUCGUUCUGUCUUUGUGGCUGCUAGCAACAUUGAUUUUGGUAAUUGUUGAAUCUCCUCCCUUAGUGUAUAUUUAUGUAUAUUGUUAAUAAAGGGCGUAUUCCCGAAAGUGGACAAUACGCCUUUUCCCCCUCAACAUUUGCCAUAACCCCUGUACAUGACGACAAUGGAUUCACACUUAUUAAAAUUAAUAUGCUCGAGAUUGUUCGAAUAAGCAGCUCGCAGGGAAGAUGGAUUUUAAGAGAAUUUAUUGUUGAAAUGACAGUGCUGCAUCUACUUUGCAGAAUUUUUCAUCAAUUAUAAUUUUAAUUUUAUAAAAUUAAAAUAACGAAAGUGAGUGUGGGGAUGUAGUCCUGACGCAGCCUUGAAUGAUCUAUUGAUUCGAUAUUGAUUAUCGCUUUGUUGAUAAAGUAGAUUAUUUGAUCAAUGAAGCGGAACGGCAAUUGAAAAUCGAUAAAACAGGUCAAUUCAGUUAAUCGAUAAAGAAGUAUUUCAGUUAUUGAAAAUCGAUGAAGUAGAAUUGCUUUGUCGAUACUUGGAUAUUGCAGUGUUCUUUCAUUUUUUAAUAACUUCUUUUCCAUAAAGAUUUAAAAAAGAUUUAAAAUUUCUUAAAAUUAGUACCCUUCCAUAUACAUACUAACUUUGACAAAUAAUUUAUUAAUAUAUUUUAGGUAGAAAAUUAAAAUGUAAAUUUUUUAAAACUGACUAAUCUUUAUUGCAAUUAUUUUUAUAUUCAUUCGGUCAUUAAAAAAAUAAUUUAUCAACGAAGCAAUCCUUGUAAAAAGAUAUAAAAUUAAACUUAACAACACUCCAGUGUCCAAAUAUCGAAAGAAUGUAAACAAUCAUAGUUUGCACUGUCAUUUGCCAACAGAAAAAUUGCGCGAGUACAUUUUCUAGGCUGAGAAUCUUACUCGCGACGAUUUAUAGAAGAUUCGAUAGUCAAGGCCCCUGUCGACUUUCUUUAGUCAAAAGAGCGAAUUACGUCUGUUCCUACUUUGCAUCGAUACAAUCGUCGAUGGAAUAUUCCCUCUAGCGAUACAGCAAUAAUUCUGUCGCGCAUUGCUCAACAAAUUACGAACGAAUAUUCGUAUCAGUUGGCUAGAUGCAAUUGCAUGAGUAGUUUAACGAGGAUGUACAGUAAUAAUUAAAGAAAAGAAUCUUGAAAAAUACUCGAAUCGCUGCAUCAAUGCGAUAAUCUCUUAGAAAUUAUUCCGUCUUUACAAAUUUAUCUAAAUUUGUAGAAAUCCUUAGAUUUUCGUCCUUUUUAGCCCCUUCAGUCGAAAUUUCCUAUCGAUACUAAUACACGGACUGCGGAUUUUUACGCGUUCAUGCGAAAUUUAAAAAAAGAGAAAUUUACUUUGGAAUCUACUUGAAAGAAAAUUGAUUUAAUUUCAAAAAAUUAUUCUUGUAUUUGAACUUGAGAAUGCUCUACGCAUGUCAUAUUGUUUAAGACGUUGUGAAAUUCUUUUAGUACUGAUUAAAUCAAAUAAAGAAAUUCUAUAAGCGUGCGAACUAUUCUUUUAAUUCAUGAAAUAUCUAUAAAUUUUCGUAAACGUUCGCAGUCUGCAAAUAAAUGUAUAAAUAGAAUCCAUAUAUACAUAUAUUAUAAAUAUAUCUAUUUUUACAUGUAAACUUAUCCCGCUGCAGUUUCUAGCAAUUUCUUUUUUUUUUUUUUUUAGAUAGAUUAAUCGUGAACCGAUAAGUGUGUAGAAGGUUUUCGAAACGUGUGUACUCGAAGGUUUCUGUAAAUAUCCUGUGUCCCUUUGUAGAAUAACACGUUGUCGAUGUAAGAAGUCCUGUACUGUGUUAAUAAUAAUUGUACACUACGUGCAAUCACUUUUUCGUCCAUCUGCACGAUUAUUUCAUUUCCCUUUAUUUAUUUUUAUCGAUUUAGAAUGUCUUAAUUAAUUUUUCUCUCUCCACUUUGAUAUUUUUCGUAUCGAAGGAUUACUCUUAAUAAAAACGAAAGUCUCUCCUUCGAUAAAUAUUCAUCGCAGCACUAAUCUUUGUUCUUAAAUAUUUCGAUCGUCGAAUGAAGGAGGAGCUAGCUGGAAAUAAUUAAAUUCGUUGAAAUGUAUAAUUUUCGUAUAGGUAAUUUUAACGAUUGUAAAUAUAUUCAUUUUUCAAGCCACGGUAUCGCAAUGUUAUUGUAGUCAAAAGUAAUAAAACACGUGAGAAAUUAAA